GUUUCCUGAGUACUGGAGAUCAGGCUGCCAAGGGCAACUAUGGGCUCCUUGACCAGAUUCAGGCCCUCCGCUGGGUGAGCGAGAAUAUUGCCUUCUUCGGGGGAGACCCCCGCCGGAUCACCGUCUUUGGCUCGGGCAUUGGUGCAUCCUGCGUCAGCCUCCUCACGUUGUCACAUCACUCAGAGGGACUUUUCCAGAGAGCCAUCAUCCAAAGUGGCUCUGCUCUGUCCAGCUGGGCUGUGAACUACCAACCAGUGAAGUACACCAGCCUGCUGGCAGACAAAGUGGGCUGUAAUGUGCUGGACACCGUGGAUAUGGUGGACUGUCUUCGGCAAAAGAGUGCCAAGGAGCUGGUAGAGCAGGACAUCCAGCCAGCCCGCUAUCACGUGGCCUUUGGCCCUGUGAUUGAUGGUGAUGUCAUUCCUGAUGACCCUGAGAUCCUCAUGGAGCAGGGCGAGUUCCUCAACUAUGACAUCAUGCUAGGUGUCAAUCAGGGUGAGGGUCUCAAGUUUGUGGAAGGGGUGGUGGACCCUGAGGAUGGUGUCUCUGGCACUGACUUUGACUAUUCUGUCUCCAAUUUUGUGGACAAUCUGUAUGGCUAUCCUGAGGGUAAGGACACCCUGCGAGAGACCAUCAAGUUCAUGUAUACAGACUGGGCAGACCGUGACAACCCUGAGACCCGCCGUAAAACACUGGUGGCACUCUUCACUGACCACCAGUGGGUAGAGCCCUCAGUGGUGACAGCCGAUCUGCACGCCCGCUACGGCUCACCUACCUACUUCUACGCCUUCUAUCAUCACUGCCAGAGCCUCAUGAAGCCUGCUUGGUCAGAUGCAGCUCAUGGGGAUGAAGUACCCUAUGUUUUUGGGGUUCCUAUGGUAGGCCCCACUGACCUUUUCCCCUGCAACUUCUCCAAGAAUGAUGUUAUGCUCAGUGCUGUCGUCAUGACCUAUUGGACCAACUUUGCCAAGACUGGGUAAGG